AUGGUACUUUACCACUCGGCCUCCAUCUGCCCCGGCUCUAAAGGCCCCGACUCUAAAGGCCCCGACUCUAAAGGCCCCGGCUCUAAAGGCCCCUGCUCUAAAGGCCCCGACUCUAAAGGCCCCGGCUCUAAAGGCCCCGACUCUAAAGGCCCCGACUCUAAAGGCCCCGGCUCUAAAGGCCCCGGCUCUAAAGGCCCCUGCUCUAAAGGCCCCGACUCUAAAGGCCCCGACUCUAAAGGCCCCGGCUCUAAAGGCCCCGACUCUAAAGGCCCCGACUCUAAAGGCCCCGACUCUAAAGGCCCCGGCUCUAAAGGCCCCUGCUCUAAAGGCCCCGACUCUAAAGGCCCCUGCUCUAAAGGCCCCUGCUCUAAAGGCCCCGGCUCUAAAGGCCCCGGCUCUAAAGGCCCUGGGCCCAACUGA